AGUAGUUACUAAUAUUUUACUUCUUUUUAAGUCUCUGAAAACUUAUCUGAUAUUUUCUUCGUAAUUAUGUUAUUUUUGUAUGGGAGGUAUUGUCGCAAUGGUAUAUCUCUCUAAUGUAAUCUAUUAAUAUUAUUUUUGUUAUGGUAUGGACGAGUAACAUGCAUUGGUUGUCACAUUAUCGUAACAUCCUCUGCAAAACAUAAGCCUUAGUAAGGAAUCUGAAAAUAAUAGCAAGGAGAAUAAUAAUAAGAUUAAGUAGAGGAAAGUUGGUGAUAAUAUGAUUUAUCCAUCGUGUUACCUAGUUGAGUAAAGCGCGUUCGUAUUUAAUGCGGGCCGGUAUAUAAUAGUAGUUGGGGAGGGGAGGGUUUUUCCGUAAAUGUAAUUUGUAGCGUCGCAUUGGCAUACAAAACUGGAGAGCAGACGACGCAAGAGUUAAAAAAGAGGGGUAGGGCAGGGAAGGGAAGGGAAGAGCAGUCACUCUGAUUUUGAUUUUGAUUUUGAUUUUCGAGUCGUCUUCGUUUUGAAUCAGUACUUUGCAGUUGCAUUCAGCAACAGCGACAGCCAGUUCACAUUCAGCAGCAGCAGCAGCAGCAGCGAGCGCCUCUGCGUUUGUUUGAAAGACAUACCCGCCGUCUCUCUACCAACAACUCAAAAUGCCGUUCAAGCGUAGCCGGAUCGGAAGCUCUUCCACCCACCAGGAGAUGCCACCAGCCACAGUUAUGAAGGCCGGCGAGCCCUCCAAGAUUCUCGACAUCGAGUCCCCGCUUCGAGUCGGGCAACCCGAUCAGGUCAAAAUUGGGGGAUUUCUGGAGCGCUGUCAUUUCUGCAAGAAACGGAUUGCGCAAAAUUCCGAGGUCUUCAUGUAUAGCAACCUGUGUGCAUUCUGCUCGGCGGAGUGCCGCGACCGUCAAAUUGCACUGGACCGCUCUUGUGCAAAGAAACAGCCUGGAAAUUCCAAAGAGAAGGUUCCUGGAGGUUAGGGGAAAUUGGACAUUGGGUUCUUAAGCACCAAGUAUAUAUAGUAGUGACUGACCGAGUGGGGCAUGCAACAAUAAUACUAAAAUUAAAGAGUGCGUGCAUAUGCAUAUGUGCUAGUAGCUGCAGCGGGUUUUUUGGGUAUCAGCUCUGCACCAAUGCAUUGUAGGGACAUAUGAUAAUAAUCUACUUGCUUUGUAUUGUAUUGUAUUAUAAAAGUAUGUAUAUAGACCAAGUAUGAUGUGGGACCUCUGUGUGUGUGUGAAUUGUGGCAUCUUGUAUAUAGUAAUUAAGUAGUAGAGGAUGAUCUAUCUAAUCUAGCUAUCCCAUUCCCAUUCCCAUUCCCGUCCACCCUCGAAUGGGUUUAUUAUCUUGAUAAUACUCACCUUCAUUGUUUUGGUUUUCUGUCUGGCCUGAUGUGAUUAAGCUUUAGCAUUUCGCCGGGAAUAACGGCCUGCUGCUUGCUCUGACCAAAUGAGAAC